AUGGAUGCACCUGGGACUGCCUACCGUAAUUUCCCUCCAAACUGCCGGACAGGAGACACCCCCCCCGGCGUCAAACACCGAAAAUACAGCGAAGGAUGA